CCAUCGUUGUUUAUAACUCGCAUACAUACUUACAUACAUAGUACAUAUAAAUACACACUGUAGAGCAGCACGUGCCGGCGCGCCAUUCCGUGCUCAACACUCCGUGAAAUGUGCAAUUCUUGGCUCCUCAUAAUUGCGAUUACACUGGAAUGCUUAUGGAAUUCGCAGCUGUCCGAAACAUCGAAAUCAUGUCCAGCCGAGUGCAUCUGCUUAUCACAGACACAAGUGCUGUGUAACACUGGCGGCCUGGAGCAGAUUCCAUUGCGGCAAUUACCCUCGACCGUCGAGAAUCUCGCAUUAACGAAAAACAAUUUCCCAGUCAUAAAACCGGAUUCGUUUGCCGGCUUGCGUGCGCUCAAGAAGCUUUCGCUGGACGGCAAUAAUAUCACACGCGUCAAACAGUUUGCCUUCCGCGGACUGCCGCGUCUCAAGGAGCUUUCCAUCCAGUAUACGCCAUUGCAGACGGUUGCCCAAUUCGCCUUCGCCGGUCUGCAGAAUCUCUCCACCAUCUUGCUGAGUCACAAUCAAAUUGCAACCAUCGAGGCCAACGCCUUCGCGGGCACUUCGAAUGUCAAGCUAAUUUUACUCACGAACAAUCCACUCAUACGCAUCGACAGCUCGGCCUUCUCAAGCCUAACCAAUGUCGGUCACCUGAUAUUGCCAUCGGGCAUACGUACCAUUGAGCCGGAUGCCUUCUUGGGCAUGGACACAGUGGGGCUACUAAAGCUUGCCUAUAUGGAUUUGAAGGAGCUAGCGCCGUACACCUUCCGCGGUCUGACGAAUGUGCUGUUGCUUACGCUGCAGGAGUCCGAUUUGGGCAUUAUAUGCGCGGAUGCUUUCACAGGACUGGCGCAAGUCGACAAAUUGCAAAUACUCAACAACAAAAUCGAUCAGAUUGAGGAGUUGAACUUCACCUACACAGCGGAUAUUAAGCUGCUCAAAUUCCUUGGCAAUCAUGUGCUGGAAACACCCGAUCCCAAUUCGAUUUUCAUCGAUGGCGUUGCACAACUAGAGUUGGUGAAUAAUCACUUUCCCUGCGGCUGCCAUAUACACACGCUGCUCGAUGGUCCACUGGUCGAGGGUGCGCAUAAUCUUAGCGAAUUUCUGCAGAAGAACUAUUGCAUUUCGCCAUUGGAUGUGAAUGGUCGCGCUAUGGCCGAACUUGACAUUGACUCGAUCGGCCGCUGUCAUGAUCAGCUGACGAAGGGCAAUCUCGGCUCGUCAGCCUCGUCGAUGGCGCUAAGCGUCAAUGUAACAUUGCUCAUCGCUGCGACUACAAUUGAACUGAAAAUCUUGCGCACCAUUUCGGAGCAGUUACUCUUGCUGUGGCAGUAUAGAACGCGUG